UUGUUUUUGUCUAAUGACAGUAGACGUGAUGACUUUGUAGUCUGCGUAAUAUAAUGAUCUGUUAGGAGCAUACUUAUCACCCAAUAGAUUAGCCCCGAUCUGUGUUGAUUUGACUACUGGUAAUCCAUGUAUAAGCGAUAUAAUCCCCUGUUAAAGUAAUUACGAUUGGUCUACCUGUGGUUCUUACAAGCCUUCGGUUCAGUAAACCAGCGGCAUUCAUAUCAAUACAGGUAGGAACUUCAUGUACUUAGCAUAUUAUAUCGUCUCUUGCUUUAAUGUACGGUGAGGAAUAUACAUAUUUAGUAAAUGAAGUAUAUAUGUUAUGAUUCCUCUGACCCCAAACAUGGCGCUGUUUGACGUUAUUUCACACGAUAAUGUCAACGAUUGUAAAUACAUCCUUGAACGCGACCCUUCUAGCGUCGAUACCGUCGGUUGGCAUGGCAUGACUCCUCUUCAUCGUGCAGCCACAAGAGGCAAUAUUGAAAUAUUAGAGCUUUUACUUGGGGCAGGUGCUGAUGUGAAUAAAGAGAACGCCUUUGGCGAGACUCCAGUUCAUUAUGCCUGCCAAAUGGCCAGCUUGAGAUUCUUGAGUAUUUUGGUUGAUAAUGGAGCUGAUAUGAAGAGAGAAGACAAAGGUGGAAGAGGCUGUGUUCAUCAUGCCGCUAGAAGUGGUUCAAUAUGGAAAGUCCAUUACCUUGUAGAACUUGGACUUGACUUUUGCAAAAAAGAUCACAGGGGACAGACAGUAUUUCAUAUUGCUGCUGAACAUGGACAUAUAGACCUUGUAGAUUACUGCUUAAAAAAUAAGAGAUUUGAUCCAGAUGUCACAGACAACAGUUUAAUGACUCCUUUACAUAUUGCUGUACAGUACAAAAAUAGACAUUGUUCAUGGAUAAUAGAAAGUUCAAGUCCAAAGACUCUCAUUCAUUUGGCUGAUAUUCAUGGUAACACACCGUUAGAUUAUGCUGCAAAGGGAACCACUGCAGAAUGGCUAGCAAAGCAUCUUCGUUACUGGCAGUUGUGUCGUUGUGGUGGCCACAAACCAUACCCCUGGCUGUCCUGGCUGUCUCUUCUCAUCUCUCCAUCAAUAGUCAUAUGUUUGGUUGCAUUUCUCAUACAGAACUUUUCACAGAUUGGCUGGGUCCUGGCUGUCUUUGCAUUUCUUCUCUUCUACCUCUUUGCAUUCAGAAGUCACAGAUUAAGACACAUUUCUGCUCUUCCGAACCCUGCCUUUGCUGGGUUGUUUUUUGGUGUUAUUUUGCAAAGUCUUCUGUGUUUUGCAUUCCAUUUAGCACCUCAUCUUUGGUAUGAGCUCUUUUGGAAUUGCAUCUCUGUUUUUCAUUUAGUCAUCGUACUGUGGACUUUAAGAGAGUUGUUUAGUGAUCCAGGUGUCAUUAGGUCUUCAAGGUUAAAUGAAAAUGGGCAGCCUUACACUAUAUUAGACAUUGCAAAAGGAACUUUACCCGUGGAGGAUUUCUGUAUAGACUGCGAGAUUGUAGUGCCUACAUUAUCCAAGCACUGUAAACUCUGUAACAGCUGUGUACUUGCUAUAGACCACCAUUGUCUGUUUCUGAUGUGGUGUGUGGGGGUCAAUAACCACCGCGCCUUCAUCCUGUUCACGAUUGAAGUCAUGAUAGCUCAGGCCCUUUUUAUUAGAGCAACUGUUUCAUAUUUCAAUAGAGUUAUAGAAUUAAGUGUGGAAUCUUUAUCUUUUAAGGAUGUUAUGGGCCAAGAGAUCUACGUGUCCACUCUUUUCAUCAUUAACUGUUUGGGGCUAUUCUGGGUUUUCAUGUAUAAGUUUUAAAGAAAUGUGCAGCUGUGGCGGCGGAAUGACUAUACUCCAACGAGCUCGAAAUACACUUUGGUUUUUCGUCGGGGAGUUUACUUUCUAUAAAAACAAAAAGCGAGAACUAUCCGUAUAAAUAUCAUUGCUUUAUUAGUUUUAUUGUAAAUACGACAAAUAAAAUGUAAAAGAUAGGGAUCAUAGAAUAUUAGUUCAAAUUUUGAA